AUGGAGCUGAGGCCUGAUGCCAGCCACAAGGAGAAUGUGCCCCCAAGGCCUGCCGCUCCCCUGAGGCCAGAGCAACGGAGAUUCCUGAGGAGCCUGGGUGUCAGCCUGGGCAGUGGACGUGUCCACUGGGUGCCUGUGUGCCAGGCCGAGCAGGGAGGGCUUGCCACCACACCCUUCCCAGGGGCAGUCCUGCGCCAGAAGCCCUGCCGAGUCCAGACCAACCUGGCCAGUCCUCAUCCACGCCUGGGCCUAGCCCUGAAGGACAUGACAGGCCGACUGGUCAAUUCAAGCUACCAGCAGCAGAACAACUUGCUGCCCUUGACCAGGAGGCCCCAGGAGAAGGCCCAGGAGUUUCCUGUCCAACAGAGUAACCUGAACAUAAGGAAGACCACCGGCCCCCACCUCUGGCCAGAGCCCCACAGGCUGCCCCUGGGAAGUCCCCUACCCCAUAGGCCACUGGCUUGCCCAUCCCCCAGCCUGAGGCAGUCCUGUCUGCCAGCCGUGGACACCCCCUGUAUGGACUUCAGCCCCUCUGCAGGCUUGGCCCCUCUCCACGGGCCCACACAGCCAGGCCCCAGAUCCUGGUGUGGUGUGGGAAGCAGGACCUUCAGGCUUGUGGGGGAACCCCUCACCCUGGAGGACCUGGCUGUCCCUGCCCAGAGCCAAGCUCAGUCCCCGUUCCAUGUUGCCAUUCACCAGCUGCUGGCCUCUGUGCGACGCCUGGAGCACGAGGCAGCCCGCCUCAGGUGCCAGGCAUCCCCAGAACCCCCCGGUGCUGUGCGGCAGGAGCCCUGGACCAGCAGUGGCCAGGCACUCCCUGCCCGCCCCCAGCCCAGCCAGCCUGUUCUUGCUUCCUGGGGUGAGAGAAAGGGACACCCCCGAGGCCACAGGGCACCUGUGGAUUUCCUAGAGACACAGGGAGUCCAGGCUGGUCUUUCAGAUUCCCAGGCACACAGCAAGCCAGUGUCGCUGGAGACCACUUUGGGGACACUGGCUGGGGAUUUCCUUGACUCUGAGCAGGGGGUCCUUCCUGUCCACCCCCUAGGGCCUACAUAUGGCAGGGAGCAGAGGGGGUACCCCACUCUCCCUCAAGGGGUGAGUAGCAGGGAGGCCGAACUCUGUUCUUCAGCCUUGUUCAGUGUAGCCCGGGGAGUCCUACCUGGGCACGAAGGAGGGCAGGGGUCCCCCAGGGAGCAGGCCAGCAGAAAGGAAGAGAGGACAGCUUCCUGUGCACCAGACGCAGCCCUGGCGAGGAGCACCCCGCAGAGCAAAGCCCAAAACAUCCAGGCCCUGGAGUCCAAGGCAGCCCGCCGGCAGCUGCUCUGCAGAUAUGUCAGAGCCUGGAGGCACUUGGUGUGGAAGCGUCAGCGUCAGGCAGUGGCAGCGGCAGUGGCCCUGGGCCGCCGGCAGCUGUUGCGAAAGGGUCUUCGUGCACUGCGGUGGGCCCUGUGGCUCCGGGAGGCCCAGCUGGAGGCGGCAUGGGGGCGACACACAAAGGCCCUGCUGGCCUGGAGCUUCCAAGAGUGGAGAAAUGUGUCUCUGCAGCAGAAACAGGGGCAGCCCCACAUCCAGGCUGGGUCAGGACCCCCACCCUCCAGGGGAGGCCAGGGCCAAGCCCCCUCCUUGGGAAAAAAGGCAGUGGUGGACCCCACCUGGAGAAGCAGUCCAGGGAGGCCAAGGGAGGAGGAGGGAGCCUGGCGGCAGAUUCCGUUGCAUCCUGGACAGAGGUCAGAUGAUGGAGACGGGAGAGUCCAGAUCCUGCAGGCCCUGCAACAGCUAGCUGUCUUCCUGCUACGAUGCCAUCAGAAGGAACAGAAGGCCAGGCAGGACACAGGGGUCCUGGGGAAGGCCAGACAGGGGACUUGGAGGACAAGGAAAUGCCCCCAGGCCUGGGGCUGUCAUGCUGCAGAUGCAGCCUGUGUGGCCCCACGGCACCCCCAGCCCCAGAGAGUCUGGCUGUGCAGGUGCUUUAGGGCCUGGCAGUGGUUCGCGCAAAGAGGGGCACGGUACCGGGAUCACCUGGCUGACCGCCGGGUGGGGAUCCUGAGGACAUGCCUGAGACAGUGGCUGCAGAUGAAGCAGCUCCGGGCCUCAGAUGGGGCAAAGGUGACCCAGCUGACCCUCUGCUGGCAGAAGGCGGGUUACCCGGCCCUCUGCAGCUCAGCCCCUGGAGCUAUCACGGUGCCCCAGGCUCAGGGGCUGCCCCAGGAGCAAAGCCAGGGCUCCCUGCAGGAAGCCUGCCGGAGACUGGCCCUCUGCCGGGUGCUGCUGCUCUGGAGGACACGGCUGUCCCACAGCCAGCGGGCCAACUCCUUUUUCCAGGGCUUGCAGCAGCGGACUCUGCAGCACAUCCUGAGGCAAUGGCGCUUGAGGGUGUGGGGUCCAGACACCUCAUCAGGCAGUGCCAAGACCGCCUUGGUCCUGGAGCCACUGGGCAGCAUCCCAGGAGGGGAGGCCUCGCUGGGCUGCAGCACACCCCAAGGCUCGCUGGAGAAGGCUCCCAGAGCCCCCGGCCUCCUGGAGACACUCUGGGUGAGCUUUCUGUGGGCAGCUGGCCGGCAGCAGCAGGGGCAGUGCCUUCUGUUCUGGCGGGCACGGACCUGGCAGUCCCGGGACGCAGCGAGGUGGUGCCAGCGCACCCUCCAGAGGCGAGUCCUUCUCAGCUGGAGCCACUGGGCAGCGGCCCAAGAGGCCCGUACAGAGCUGGCUGCCCGCUGGGCCUGGGAUCAGAGCUGCAGGGCUGCACUGGGCCUGUGGUGGCGGCGACUGGUGCAGUGGCGGGAGGCAGAGCAGCGGGCCCAGGAGCACAGCCAGGGACUGGCACGAAACGCCCUGCACUGCUGGCACUCCCACUGGCAGAGGCAGCAGUUCCUGCAUGGAAAGUACCAGAGGUGGGUGCAGGUCCACCAGCAGGGCCUACGGAGGGCCGCCUUCAGGGGCUGGCAGCAGGCAGCAGCUCGUAGGAGACACACAGUGGCCUGUCCAGAGCAUCUCCUAUUGCAGAGCUACUUCUGGGCCUGGCACGAGAUUGUGCAUGAUACAGGGGUGCUGGCCCAGCGUCUAGGCUUGCAGGAUGGCCAGAGGAGAUGGGCACUGGGGGCUGCACACACCAUGGACAAGCAGUGCGGGAGGGCCCAGGCCCAGCAGGCCUUCAUGGCAUGGCGAGUGGCACUGGGCCAGCACUGCAAGGCCCAGCAGCAGACUCUGUGGGUGAAUGAGUCCCACCUUGGCCAGGUCAGCCAAGCCCACACUGCCUGGAAACUGGGUGCCCAGGUCCUAGAGGCCUGGGCCCAGUCAGUGACCCAGGACUGUGUCCAGCAAGCUGCUGCCACCCAGCUCUGGCAUGCUGGGCUCAGGCGCCUCCUGCAGACCCACUGGGCCCAGUGGCGGACAGUGCUGCUCAGAGUGCAGCUGGAACUGCGUGCUGAGACCCAGGAGGCCCGCACGGUCCACCCCAGGCCCCCGGCUGACUUCAGGCAUUGGCCCAUGCUAGCCAGCAGAGGGCGCCUCCUGCUGCUGAUGGAUGCCCCAGCCCCUUGGAAGCAGACCCACAGCUGCUGGACACCAGCCACAGGGCCUGUGCUGCCCAAGCCAACACAACAGCACAGCCUUGGUGGACAGAGGAAGCUGAGGGAACCGUCCUGGACUCAGAGUUCGUGGGCAGGGGCGGAGGGGCUUGCCAGAGCCAUAGCUAGAGCCGGGCCCCCUCUGGCCAGUGCUCGUUCCUGCAGGAUCCUGGAGGAGCAGGCCCAGGCCCGUGGCUCUGCCCUUCCUCCUGCCAUGAAGGGUCAUGAUGCUCUUGGCUGUCAGGAAGAAAUACCUACAUCGCUGGCACCUCAGGGCACUGCUUCACAGGCUCCAGAGUUCCCAGCAGGCCAGACGCCUGGCAGCAACAUGGCAGCGCUGGGUAGAUGCUCAAGGGGUGCAGCAGCUGGCGUGGACUCUGCUUAGGCAGUGGCACCUGAGAUGGGCCUGGCAGACGUGGCGGCGGCGGGUCCUGCAGCUGUGGGUUGCUCAGCGGUUCCAGCAGCAAGAAGACAGCUGGGUCCUUAUCCAGGGCCCCUUCGUUUUCAGGGAGGGGGCCAGUCUGGUUACAGGACACACAACCAAGUUGUCGGAGCCCAGCCCAAUCCCACCCUGUCACUCAGUGCCUUUGAGAAGUGGUACCAGCGCCUGGCAGCCAAGGGCCCAAGGACAGGAACCACCAGUAGCCCGAGACCCCUGAGAAUGCCAGGCACCAGGGGCCCUGGGAGCAGGCUGGAGCAGGCCCGGGUGUGGUGGACUUGGGGCAGAGCAGGGGCUCAACUGCAGCUGUGACUCGUUCCCAUAGAACGAAAAACAGAACUGAGCCCAGCCUUUCCAGGGAAGGAACCAUGCCCCAUGUAUACGGGAGUGUGGUGACGAGGGGACAGCUCUGGGAGCUCUAAAAGAUAAUAAAUGCCCUUCUUAAGGUUGCUCAGUC